GAAGGCACACAACCACACCUCCAGUCUCACUUCGGAAGAGCACAGCGGCCCGAUGGAUCUCUCCAACCGGAUCUCGUUUGGGGAACGUGCUCUGAGCAGAGCCAACUGACUUUGAGAACAUCUUCCUGUCGCCCCGUCCAGCCAUGAUCGUCGUCGACCCACGCGCGCUCACCCAGCCGGUGGGCGUCGUGCGAUUAAUGGCGACCGUCUUCACCUGCGUGUCUUUCAGCCUGGUGGCGUCCGCGGGACACGUCGUUUCUUCCCCCUACUGGGCGUGGUGCAUGUUCACCUGGUGCUUCUGCUUCUUCUUCACUCUUCUCAUUCUCGUCCUGGAGUUCACAAGCGUCCACGCCAAACUGCCCUUCGCCUGGGAUGACUUUACCACCGCCUUCGCCUUGCUGGCGAGCCUCAUGUGCCUCUCCGUGUCCAUAAUGUACCCCGUCUUUUUCACCUGCCAGGCCUGCCCCCGCCAGAUCGGCGCCUCCGUGGUGUCCUGGGUCUGCUUCGGGUUCUACGCGGCCGAGGCGGUUCUGACCCGCCUGCGCCCGAGCGGGCAGAACAGCGGGUUCCUCUCGUCGCUGCCCGGCAUCAUGAAGAUGUUGGAGGCGUUCCUCGCCUGUCUCAUCUUCACGUCCCUGGAGAACAGCCAGUACGUCGGCUCACCGGGACUGCAGUGGUGCGUGGCCGUGUACUGCUUGUGCUUCAUCUUCGCCAUCCUCGUAAUCAUCCUCUCCGCUGGACGGCUGGCCUCUUUUUUCCCGUUCCCCUUUGAAAAGCUGGUGAUCGUCUAUAACAUUUUGGCGGCGGUUAUGUAUCUGACUGCUACGGUGAUCUGGCCCCUCUAUAGUCUCCGUGGCAACAAGAGACCCAGUAACUGUGGCCACCUGUGUGCCUGGGAUAAACUGGUGGUGGUCACCUUCAUGACAAUCCUCAACGUCAUUGUUUACACCCUGGACACUGCCUACUCCAUACUCCUUGUGUUCUGUGUUAGGAGCCAGUGAGCUGCUGCUUAUCAGUACGAACGGGGACCGAGUCCUGGGUUUGAAUUGUUGGCAAUUUUGUCUUGUUUUUAGAGCGAUUCAUUUUGUGGAAGCGUAACGUAAUAUAUGUGUUUGUAUUCUGCUAAUGUUCUUCACCAAGUGUUCUCAACGUUGAGUUAAUACGACAAUGAAACAUUGGGAGCACAGUACGUUGGAAAAUAAUUUGAGUUAGUUAAUGAUUAAAACUGUAUCACUGUCAUAAAAAUAAAACAUAGCCUGGCAGAACUUUGGAUCCUGAUGCAGAAA